AUGAUGACCAUGAACAGCAAGCAGCAUUUCUCUAUGCACCCGGUGCUGCAGGAGCCCAAAUACUCUGGCCUGCACGCGAGUUCGGAAGGCAUGCGCAGGGUGUGUCUGCCUGCCCCGCAGCUUCAGGGCAAUAUAUUCGGUUGCUUUGAUGAGAGUCCACUGGCACGCGCGGAAGCUCUGGCGGCUGCUGACAUUGUCUCUCACGGCAAGAGUCACCCUUUCAAGCCUGACGUGACUUACCAUACCAUGAGUAGUGUCCCCUGCACCUCCAACUCCUCUACGGUGCCCAUCACCCACUCCUCCACCCUGACCCCUCACCACCACCACCACCACCACCACCUCAACCAGAGCUUGGAGGGGGAUCUCCUGGAUCACAUCUCGUCCAGUCUCUCUGUGAGCGGGAUGGGGGCUCCGGAUUCCUCUAUGAUGGCCACUCAAGCCCACCAGCACCACCUCCAGACCAUGGGUCACCUUCACCAAGCUAUGGCCAUGGGUCAUCCGCACUCCUUGUCUGUGCACAACGGAAUGUCGUGUGUCAACGACGUGGAGUCGGAUCCUAGGGAGCUGGAAGCCUUCGCUGAGCGGUUCAAACAAAGGAGGAUAAAGCUCGGGGUGACCCAGGCGGACGUUGGCUCGGCUCUCGCCAACCUAAAGAUACCUGGGGUGGGCUCUCUCAGCCAGAGUACUAUCUGCAGGUUCGAGUCCCUCACCCUCUCUCACAAUAAUAUGAUUGCGCUAAAACCUGUCCUCCAAGCCUGGCUCGAGGAGGCUGAGGCUGCUUACCGGGAGAAAAACAGCAAGCCAGACCUUUUCAAUGGCAACGAACGCAAACGAAAACGCACGUCGAUAGCCGCACCUGAGAAACGAUCUUUGGAGGCAUAUUUUGCUAUCCAGCCCCGUCCCUCUUCGGAAAAAAUUGCUGCAAUUGCUGAAAAACUGGACCUUAAAAAGAACGUGGUUCGUGUGUGGUUUUGCAACCAACGGCAAAAACAGAAAAGGAUGAAAUAUUCUGCUGUGCAUUAG